AGAGUAUUUAGGGACCCAAAAUUUAAGGCAACGCAGUACACGAAGUACUGUAGCAUAUGUAAUAAGCGUAAAGCUGAAAUUUGAGGGAUAAAUUACUUAUCCUAAUUUAAGCAAUGUUAGCGUAUCGAGGUCUUUCCCGUGGUGACCUUUCUUUUCCCUUCCCCGACAAACGAUUCUUGGGGAUUCGCACUAAUUUCGUCAGUCAGUCCGCGCGCUCGUCCUCCUUCAAUUACCGGACACAGGAUUGGCUGCGGUUAAAAGCGGAAUGCGUACCCGACAGCGGCGCCGUGACUUAUAAGCUUGUUAAGCCAAACAUAAAACCCUUUCCCUUACUGAUCACAGUCGAUAAGAAACAGCGGAAAAAGCACAGUGAGACCUUUCGCAAAGUUGCGUACUUUCCGACACCGCUGACUCCGGAGCAAUUGUUAGCCGAAGAAGCUAAGCGGCUGAAACGUACCGUCUCACAGUUGGAAAAUGAUGAACCCAGAUCAUUCAGACCGCGCCGCGCGGCGACAACCUUGGCGCGAUUGUCGAUUGAGUGGGAGGAGAGUUCCGCUCGGGUGGCGCAAUGGCGGCGGAAGUUCCAGAAUUUUGGGGAAUUACCACGGGAAAAGGCUGAUUAUGCUAUCGAAGAGUCCUUGGAAGUGGAGAUUUCAGAGCAAAAGGACUUCGUGGCAGCGGUGGAUCAGAAGGGUCUCUUCAAUGAAAGUGCUUCCUCAUCAGUCGAUGACACCAACAAGAGCUCACAGAUGUUUAUGGGAGACAGUGACCCCACAAGGGAAGCGAUUCCGGUUGUUGUAGGAAUGAUGAAGCCACAGCAGAGAAAAUUCCGGAAACUGCGUCGCGCCACACGUAACCUCAUUGCCUGGAUCGAGUCUCUGCGGCCACAGAAAAAGCUCAACUUCCACCUUAUCACCUUGAAAGAUGGGACCAGACAGAACGUGAACAUGCGGCCGUAUUUGCCCUUCCCAGAGGAGUUCCAACCCGUCCCAGUGAUUAAGGAGGACGAAAUCGUGGACCUGGUUCAGAAUGCCUACGGCACCCGUCCCGCACUGGCUCUGAAAGUCGAUAUCCACGAUAUGGAUAAACUCCCCGAAGAACUGGAGAAGUUUGACAACUACUACUACCUCCGCGAGCGGCUUUUCGCUAGACUGCGCGAACGAGAGAAAUCCCUGACAGCCGCUAAGGCCCGCAAACUGCAUAUCGACGUGGGCAAUAAGUACAGUUUCGGGUUCCGUCCAGCAAUCCGGUACCACAGCAACACUUUGGGGAAUGUUUUCGACGCCACCACCCGGCGACGGUGUCGCUACGGUGUCUGGUAUCUGGACCGGGCGCUGUGGCGGAAAAUGGAGGUGACGGAAGAGAUGAAGCGACCGGGCGCGAGUGAGUCGGACGAGGCCUUCGAGCGAGUCACCGGACAGAAACCGUUGCAGCGCAUGGAAACUCCCAUCCUGGAUCCCGCGUCUCCGGAACUGCGUGAUCUUUGUGAUUUGUACACCUCCAAGGAGUUCUACAAGCGGUUAGUGGCGCGGGAACGCGCGGUGCCGACAUGGCUGGAGCAGUGCCGAGAGAUGAUUGAGCAAGAUGAACGCGAAAAGCGGAUGAGCCGGACGGCGCCGCACGGAAGCGAAGUGUGGCGGAAGCGGCGGAUUAGUCGGAUGCAUAGUGUUCUGCAUCUGCGGUUGAAGAGCACACCGCAUCCACAUUUUCCGCGGCGCCAGAGACAAUCCAAAGCCAAUCAUGAAAUUGCCAAGAGCCUUCUUCGAGGUGGACACAACACAGCUGCUGUAUUGCACUGCACACGUUACUGCCCCUAUUUUAUUAUUACCUGCUGGCGCGGUAACAGCUUCGUCCUGACAAUUUCCGCCGCGUAGCACAGCGACAUCAGAUGUAUAAAAUAGGCGGAAUGAAAGGCGAAGGGCGUGUGCAGGAUAUCCAGAUUGACUGCCAUGAUGGCCGCCGUUCCAAAGAGCAGAGGGAGGAGCGCCGCGACCGCCACCUGACGGUGAUAGACCAACAUGUCGUUGUUGGACAUGGCCAAAAAGCGCAUCGUUGUCAUCCCGUCCUGCAUACUGUCCAGCACCCCGGACGGGGUCACGUGCAGGGCAUGGUGGCUGGCCUUCAUCGGGGAGCGAGGGAGAAGAAAGGGGCGGGGCUAAGUCGGUGGUAGGACAAUAAGAGGAGAUAUCACACAAGUAAUAAUACGCACCCAUGCGGUGGACUUGGCGUUGGACCGAAAACCUCAAACUCUCCCACUGCUGUCAGCCUGUUACCUAGACGAUAUUCUAAAACAUCCAGGCUAAAACUUGGAAGCAAAUUCUACUUCGUCGAAGACGUAUCAUCAUGGGUCUGCCUGCGAUACCGCAAACAAGUGCCGCUAAAGUACCUCCGACAUUUUGGUCUGCCCAUCGUUUUCGUGGUCGGAAAACAAGGCUCGGGUAAAGCCACAGUGUGCCACCGUUUGGCCGCGCAACACGGCAUCAGUUAUGUCACCAU